GUAUGUAUCCAGAGUAUCACUUAACUAGAUUUUUUCAAAAGAUAGCAACCAAGAAAAUACGUACUAUAUAGUGUGGGCUAGAACAAACACCAAUCUAUACUUUUAAAUAAAAUAUUUUAUUAUAUGCAUAUAAACAAAUACUAACAAAAUAUUCUAAAUUUAAUUACCCACACGAAAUUAUAUAAUAUAUUAUAAGACUAAUUAUUUUUUUUAAACACGUGUCCACACCCUAAAUAAGCGCCCACUAAGUAGUAUAAGCAGCAGCACAACAGUGACAGGUCACUAAAUCUUUUCCCCUUAGGGCUAUAGACCAAACCUUGAAUGAUAGUUUAAUAAUUGGUCUAGAUAAAAAAUACUUUUGGCCUUGACUCUAAAAAUUUGAUUCACUUUUCUCUGUACCCUCUAUAUAAAAAACUUGCCUGGCUUCAGUCAAACCAACAGUCGUCAACUUGCCCCUUUGACAAAGCACCAACUUACUGCAUCAUUAAGCAUGUAUAAGUUACUAGUUGCUUUUGCCCUAAUCGCUGUAGUCAGCGCCCAAUAUAACCCUUCGCCCUACAAGGGAUACCAAGAAGAGGAGCAUGGUCCAGCAAAGUACGAAUUUGCUUACGUAGUAGAAGAUCCCCACACUGGAGAUUUCCAUUCUCAGCAAGAGCAACGUGAUGGUGACCACGUCCAAGGGCAGUACUCCCUCCACGAGGCCGAUGGUACUGUCAGAAUCGUGAAAUACUCCGAUGAUGGACAUGGGUUUAAUGCUAUAGUGGAGAAAGAGGGACAUCCCACCGAACCUCCUGUUGCUUACAAGAAAAUCGUCGCUGUCCCAGCCCCAUACAACCAUUACCACCAUUAA